UGGGCGCUCCCGGAGGCGGUGGCUGGGGCAGCAGCAGCUGCAGCAGUAGCGGCACUAGCCUCCACCUCCCCGGGAGCCAGAGCCAGAGCCAGAGCCGCAACCCCAGGCUCAGCCUACCAGGACCCCACCGCCGCAGCACGGCCUCUGCUGCAGUCAUGGCUGCUGAUGGGUUGGACGAAUGCUCUCCUCUGCUGUCAGGAUCCCAUUCGGGAAAUGUCACUCCCACCGCCCCACCAUACUUGCAAGAAAGCAGUCCUCGAGCGGAACUCCCACCUCCAUAUACAGCCAUUGCCAAUCUAGAUGCCGGUGGUCUUCGCUCAGUAAAUUGCCGCGUGUGCCAAUCGCUGAUCAAUUUGGAUGGCAAACUUCACCAGCAUGUGGUUAAGUGCACAGUGUGCAAUGAAGCUACACCAAUCAAACCCCCACCAACAGGAAAGAUAUAUGUUAGAUGUCCUUGUAAUUGUCUCCUUAUUUGUAAGGAUACAUCUCGACGAAUAGGAUGUCCAAGACCUAACUGUAGACGCAUAAUUAACUUGGGCCCAGUAAUGCUUGUUUCUGAAGAACAACCAGCUCAACCUGCAUUGCCAAUCCAACCAGAAGGUACAAGAGUCGUGUGUGGGCACUGCGGGAACACAUUCUUGUGGAUGGAACUGAGGUUCAACACUCUGGCAAAAUGCCCACACUGCAAAAAAAUUUCCUCAGUGGGCAGUGCACUUCCAAGAAGACGAUGCUGUGCAUAUAUUACCAUUGGGAUUAUAUGUCUUUUCAUUGGAGUUGGCUUAACUGUUGGCACUGAAGACUUUGCAAGAAGAUUUCGUGCAACCUAUGUUUCAUGGGCAAUUGCUUAUCUCCUAGGUUUGAUAUGCCUUAUUCGAGCUUGUUACUGGGGAGCUGUAAGAGUGAGUUAUCCAGAGCACAGUUUUGCCUAGGCUUGCUUAUGGUUCAGUGAUGCAGGGGAGGAAAUCUAGCAGUUCUUGAUAACCUACUCUGGACAUCUUUAAAUCAUUUAUCAUAAUGGAUUCCAUUUUAGUUUAUGUAUAAAAUUUCAAGACUUUGGGAAUCUUCUGUGAACAAAUGCUAUUGCACUAUGUUAUAUACAAACUGCUGCUAGAUUUUUCAGCUCCAAAAAAUUCUGUUGUGUCUUUAUGGUUCUUUUACAUCUCAAAGAUAAUUUCUGUUUGUCACUGAACAUUAAAUGGAACAUCUCCACUUCAUUACUUUAAAAUCAGUUUAUGACUUGCUAAUUAGUGAGCAUCCCCCAAGAAGUGCUUAUAGAUACUUCUACAAUAGUUUCACACUUAUACUUACAUUUUAUUUAAACAGACUCCAAGUUGCUUGCUUUAAAAUCUGAGCAAUACUCAUUUUGCUUAAACUACUUACUGUAACUUUAACCUAAGAUCAUAAUGACCUUAUUCAGGAAAAAAAAAAAUUGAGUGUACCUUCAAAGAAUUGACAUUCUUGUCAAACAAAACCUAUUUCUAGAUAUUGUAUUUUUAUUUUUUAUUGUUUGUAGAAAGAUACAAUAUUUUGGUAAUAACUUAAAAUACAAGAAUGAAAUAUUUAUUUGUCCAAGGAUGGAAAUAAUGUUGGAUAAUUUUUUCCCCUCAAAGAUCACAAAACUUUUGCCUUUCAUUGUUGUCUUUUUUUUAUUUACAUAUUGUAACAGUUCUGGUCUAGGUAUAUGAAAUUUAAUGUUGGUCAUCUGUGUGCAUAUUCCUUUAUAGAACCUGCAAGGAAUACUUCACAUAACAUGUUUUAUAAUACUUAGCCAUUUAAACAAAGAUAUUUACACUGGUUUAUUCUCCUUUACACUUGAUCAUGGUAAAUUUUUCUUAUAGGGAUCAUUUAUGGAAUACUUUUUUGUGAAGGGAGGCAUUUUACAUUAGCUAAAAUGUUAAGAUUAGAGGUAGUUACUCUUCCCAUUCUUAUCAAAUGUAUCUCAUGAAAUAAUUACCAGAUUUAAUGAAGAAAAUAGAACAAUGACAGAAAAAGUGACACUUUUCUAGGAACCCACUGGCAUUUAAGGAAUCAGCUCUUGCACUGCCCAUAUUUGCAGUUUUGAAAGAUAAAUUGCUUAUUGGAGAAGAAAUGUUCUAAAGCCUUUAAUGUAGUAGCAUUAGGUAAUGAGAUGAAUAAACUAAUUGGCUAUUUCAGAGAUAAGAAUAAUAUUUUAAAAGAUUUGUGUUCCUUAUUAAUAUAUAGAUGUAUUCAUGAAGGAGUUUGGAGCAGAAUACAUGUAGACUUCAAAGAAUAAAUAAAUGUAUAAAUGCAGUAAGUAGCUCAGGAUUAUGUGUACUUUUGAAGAUACACUAAUAAAGAUUAUUAUUCAAAAUAA